GCGUAUAUCUGACAUACGCUUAGUUUGUCAUACACCUGUCCAUUUUUAUAUUUAGAUAUUGAAUUAGUCGUAGUUUGAAGCAUAAUACUAUAUUUGACUUCUAAUGGGUGAACCUCAAUCAUCAAUUCCUGAACCAAAACUUUAAGUUUAUUUAAUCUCAAAAUAAAAAUCAAUGAUUAUGAUUCAUCGGAAUUAUCCAAGUACACUUCUAAUUCGUCUGAAUUAUCCAAACAAGGAUGAACACAGACUUGCACUAGCUUUUGCCAUAUAUGUAUAUGGUCUAAAAAAUUCAUUAAUCAAUUGGCACAAAAGUUUAUAUGUAGUAAAAAUCUGUAGUAUGUUGUAAUCGUUUGAAACACAAGUAUAAAAAUAAUGAUAUAAGUUCAUCACUAUUAUAAAAAAAAAAACGAUUUAAGAACUAGAGACAAUAAAUACAUGUCAAAUCAACCCCGGCCAAAGGCCGGGCAAAAAGCUAGUUUUCAAUAUGUGUUCUAUUACGUGCGGCAGACAACAAGGGGGUCGUUUGGAAGUUGCGAUUGUUAAAUAGAUAUAUUGUUGAGAAUGCAUGUAUAAUAUUAUACAUGUAUUGUCGAAUUUGAUGCAUUGUAGAAUACAAUGUUUGGUAUGUGUGAUUGUGUAUGUCGCAUCAGCUAAAAGCUUAGACAAAAAAAUCUCAACUCAACUAUCUCAACAAUCACAACUAAAAGUUGAGAUUUAACAAUCACUCAAAAUGAGUGAUAGUUUCUGUCACAUCACAGAAACAAUCCAUGUAUUGUUUCUGCUAAAAAACAAAAAAAAACAAUGCAUUGUAAACAAUACAUGCAUAAUGACAAUCUCAACAAAACAAUCGCAGCUUCCAAACAACCCCAAGGAUUCUGAAUUUAUUUUUAAUUUCCUUUUUUUUUUGGGUCCUUGAACCCGCGUAGUCGGUCGCUAUCAUAUUUAUAUCACAACCGUUCUGCCCCUUGUUGCAUUCAUCCCCGUCCUUCCAACGAGCAGCAUCGUCGGAAACAAACAAAGAAAACUCCGACGGAGGCAUCGCCGGAGGGAAAUUGGAGAGGGGGACGCUCGCAAAUUUUUCCACCGGAUCUGAGAAUCUCAAAUUCCAAUCCGCGAAACCUAAAACCCGUCGUCCCUCCUCUCUUUCUCUCGCUGCAACCCCGCCGACCAAAUUUGCUUCAAUCGUCGGUGGCCGUGAUUUGCAAUACCAUUCCGAUCCGGUUUACUUGGCGAUCUUCCGGCGGCGUUUCUUUCUCCAUUCUUGUAAGACCUCCUAUCCUUCACUUAUUAUCCUCUUCUCCGCUUAAUGCCUGAGCUGCAGAAUGUGUGUUCCUGAUUCGAUUUCUCCCGAACUGUAAUCUGUUUCCUGAUUUCUGAUUUCAUUGCACUCGGAAGCUUCACUUUUGUUUGUUUUGAGUUUGGUGUGGCGCUAAUUUUGUCGGGGUAGGUCGACUGACGGGGUGUAGUAUUUGGUUUCCCCGCUUCAUUUUGUUUAGCUGUCCAGUUGCAAUGUUAGGGUUUCAUUUUUGUUCUUGUUGGUGAUAUUCAUGGAUGCAUUUAGGAUGGUAUCUGUAGUUAGUUCGUUUGUAACUGCUGUUUCUGCUGUUGUUGCUGCUGCUUGCCCUGAUGUUUUCUUCUCUGGCAAUUUUCAGAUAAGGAACCAAUGCCGGAAAGCGAGGCAAACCCAACUUUCAGCAAGUCGACUGGCCUUCCUAGGAAACGCUUCUAUCGAGCAAGAGCACACAGCAACCCGUUAAGUGAUUCGCAUUUCCCUGUCCCGGUCUCUCCUCGUCAUGUCGACUACACUGCCCACUUCCCAGAACUCUUUCCUUCGUCCGAUCAAGUUGACAGUAGUUCCAAAAGAAUUCAGUUUGCAGAUGUUGGUUGUGGGUUUGGAGGUUUGCUGAUCAGUCUGGCCACCCUUUUCCCUGAAACUUUGAUGGUUGGGAUGGAGCUCAGAGAUAAGGUGACAGAGUAUGUCAAAGAACGAAUCUUGGCAUUGAGGGUAACGAAUCCUGGACAGUACCGAAAUGUUUCGGUUUUUAGGACGAAUUCGAUGAAGUACAUCCCUAAUUACUUUGAGAAAGGGCAGCUGUCGAAGAUGUUCUUCCUUUUCCCCGAUCCCCACUUCAAGGAGAAGAAUCACCGGAGGCGAGUGAUCAGCCCGCACUUGUUGGACGAGUACGCAUAUGUGCUCCAGGUUGGUGGGAUCGUAUACACCAUCACUGAUGUGGAAGAGCUCGGGGAGUGGAUGAAGGCUUGUUUGGAGCAGCACCCCAUGUUCGAGUCCCUGACACCUGAAGAACUUGAAGCGGAUCCUGUUGUCAAGCUCUUGAGUACUGCGACGGAAGAAGGGCAGAAAGUUGCUAGGAAUGGGGGACAGACGUUCCAAGCCAUGUAUAGACGGAUUGCAUGCUCUAGUUGAUUUUUUUAGAGUAAGCUGUUCUGAAAUUCAAGCUAGUUGGAGCUAGAUCUUUCGUGUUAGUGUUAUCAGAUAGAAUUUGGGGCUGGUUUGCCUUGCAUCCCACAGUUUGAAUUGGAUUAUGUACACUGAUGUGUCUAUCAGUUUUGUUUUUCUGUAGCAAACUAAGCAUUCAAUCUAUCAAUUUUGAUUCGCACUUCGCAUUCUAUCCUGGUUCUUGAAUAUAAUUCAGUGCAAUUACAUUAGAAGCAUAAAUGGGCAAAGGUGAA